CAAUAAUCGAAAUCUUUAGUGACAUCUGUCAUUUUUGUGAAGUUUCUUUCCAAUACUUGUGUCAAAAUUUUGUAGGUUUCCACGAUGGGAGCUUACAAAUACAUCCAGGAGCUCUACAGGAAGAAACAGAGCGAUGUUCUCAGAUUUUUAUUGAGAGUCCGUGUAUGGCAAUAUCGCCAGUUGACCAAACUUCAUAGGGCUCCUAGACCGAGUCGUCCUGACAAGGCCAGAAGAUUGGGGUACAGGGCCAAACAAGGUUUUGUUAUCUUCCGUAUCCGUGUACGUCGUGGUGGUCGCAAACGUCCAGUACCAAAAGGUGCCACUUAUGGUAAACCCAAAAGUCAUGGAGUUAACCAAUUGAAACCUGUCCGCAACCUCCAGUCACUUGCUGAAGAACGUGUAGGAAGAAGAUGUGGUGGAUUAAGAGUGCUCAACUCUUACUGGGUAGCUCAAGAUUCUUCUUACAAAUACUUUGAAAUCAUCCUCAUUGAUCCUUCACACAAUGCAAUUAGAAGAGAUCCCAAAAUCAACUGGAUUGUCAAUGCUGUUCACAAACAUCGUGAACUCAGAGGAAAGACUUCUGCUGGCAGAUCAUCUCGUGGAUUGGGCAAAGGUCACAGAUACUCUCAGACCAAGGGAGGUUCCAGAAGGGCCGCCUGGCUCAGAAGGAACUCAUUGCAAUUGCGCAGAAAGCGUUAAGUGUUUUGUAUUUAAUUUGAUUUUAAGGAUUAAAAAAUGACUGGAAUUGA